GAAGCCACUGACAUGAAAACUCUAAAGAGCAACUAUUGGCAACAGCUCCUUCUGUGCCUCCGUUUUCUAGCAUUUGUUGUAAAGAAAUGGGCUGAACCCAGUUUAUCCAUUUCAGUAGAGAAAUGUUGCAGACAAUGUUGGCAGAACCAUUGAGAAAAUAUCCAGACGUUUCUGCUGCUCAGGCUAACUGAGGUCUGGCCUAAAAUACAGCCAAAUUAGUUAUUUGGUUUAAAGAACAACAAUAAAAAAAUCAAAUGAUAUGAACACGCUGAAGAAGCAGGAAGGCUGUUUUCAGACUUGAAAGUCAGCCUCAUAAACGUCGCCCGAGGUCAUUUUCCUUCUGAAUUCUCUCACAGGAAAUUAAUUGCUUGUGAAACGCAAUCGACAGACUCUGUCGAUGAGUUGGUCUGGUCGGGUUGAUGGAACUACGGAAUAAUAAAAGACACAUCUAGGCAUCGCAAUAUGGGUGUAAUUUCUUUCCAUGAAAUGCGAUGUGUCAGAAGGUAAAGGAAAGAAAGGGGAUUUACGGGAGAUCUAUUUUAUUCCUUUAUUCCUUGUACAGCUUGUUUUAUUAAGCCUUGUACAGAAAAAAAGGUAAGAAAACUCAAGUAACUGCAAUUACCACAUCGUCCUUUUACAGGCUUAAUGAGUGCAAGGUUUUCUAGCUUGGCACUUUGAGGCCUUUGACAGAAUUGUAAAGUAUGUUUCGACCUACUUCUGCUGCUAAUCUCCUCAGAAAUACGUCAACUGCCCAGUCUGAUCCCAAGGUGCUGCGCUGUUCUCACCUGUGUGCUGCCAAGAAAUGUAGAUCUGGGAAACACACUGGAGUAGGUGGGGUGCUUGCGAUCACGGAGAUGGUGAAAAGGAGGGAGGGCGCAUUUGCUGGAUUCUGGUCUGAAGUCCACGCGGCUGAUGGGAUUCAUUUUAAACGAGGUCCGUCUUUCGGUGCCGGGGCAUUUAAACUGCGGCAUGUGCCCUGGAUUAGAGGAAUUUCACUGGGGAUUAAAAUAUGCAGCACAUGCAGCACCCCUGAUUGGGGGCAAGAAACCGAGAAGCCCUAGCAAAUUAAAUCAGUCGCUGGAGAGAGCUGCUGAGUGGUUCUCAGGCAGCAGGCCGAGACCCCUCCCAGGCUAAGGAUGCUCCGGUAUUUCCAGAAGUGCUUGCGCAAGCAGCUGGCUGAGCACCAGGUCAGGAAAACCAGGCUGGUGUCCAAGGAUGGGCGCUGCAACAUCGAGUUCGGCAACGUGGAGUACCACAGCCACUUUGCCCUACUCAAGGACUUCUGGAACACGAUUGUAGAGAUCCGCUGGAGGUACGUGCUGUUCAUCUUCGUGGCGUCCUUCACCGGCAGCUGGUUCCUCUUUGGGUUGCUUUGGUACGGAAUCGCCAUGAGUAACGGGGACCUCACGGAGCAGAAUCCCCCCAGUAAUCAUACCCCCUGCGUGAUUAACGUCUACGGCCUCACCACCGCUUUCCUCUUCUCUCUGGAAACCCAGACGACCAUUGGAUAUGGCUACCGAGCGACUACAGAUCACUGCGCCCUGGCAGUCACACUCGUCAUCAUCCAGGCGGUUGUAGGCGCGAUCAUCAACUGCUUUAUGUGCGGCAUUAUCUUGUCAAAGAUAUCCCUUCCCAAAAAGAGAGCCAAGACCAUCAACUUCAGCCGCACAGCCGUCAUCAGCAAAAAAGCGGGCAAGCUGUGCCUCCUCAUCCGUGUGGCCAAUCUGAGGAAGACCCUCCUCAUCGGGAGCCAGAUUUAUGGCAAGCUUCUCCGGACCACCGUAACUCCUGAAGGGGAGACUGUGAUCUUGGACCAAGUGAACAUCGAUUUUAUGGUGGACGCCGGCAAAGACAACCUGUUCUUCGUCUGCCCCCUUACCCUCUACCACGUCAUUGACAAGACCAGCCCGUUCUUCGAAAUGUCCGAGGACACCAUCUCCAAGCAGGACUUCGAGCUGGUGGUCUUCUUGGACGGAACAGCGGAGAACACGAGCUCCACCUGCCAAGUGAGAACUUCCUUCAUCCCCAUGGAGAUCCAGUGGGGCUACAGCUUCCUGCCCAUCGUCUCUCGCACCAAGGAAGGAAAGUAUCGCGUGGACUUCUCCAACUUCCACAAGACCGCGCUGGUUCCCACACCUCACUGUGCCUACUGCCUCGACAAUGGGGACCGGCACAGCACCGGCGGGAAGAAAGGCAUCGACAACCCCGGGUUCGAAGCGAUCGUCGUCAGUGAGGCGGCGGCUGCCACGAAGAUGUGAAAUGCAGCCCCCAGGGCGGGGGGAGGGGGUCAGGACCGAAACAAAUUGAAGCUUGAGGUGGACCCAAAGUGCUGGGAAUAGACGGAACUGAACUUCCAGCACAGCCCCGGACUCUCCAGAGGAAGUGAACCUGAGACACCUUUCACGAAUGUCUGUCAGCAUCGAGGUCUUGGCUGUGGGAUUUGACAUGCGAAUGUAGAGCCCACCUGAAUGGAUGCAGGUGGCCUGAUAGAGACAUAUGUGUGUUUAUGUGUGAUUAGGGCAGGCUUGGGGUGGUAGUGUUCAUUACAUAGAAUUUAGAUCAGAUUUUAAGUUACCAUUUCUGCACAAAAUAAAGUGUUCUGUGCUAAUGAAGUGGAGUACUUAAUUAUUAUAGCAGUCUGGAGACUUAUUAAAAUAAAGAAGCCUUGUGAAUUUUCAUUGCUCAAGAAACAGACACAUUGCCAUGCAUGCUAAAAACGCAGAGACGAUCUGAUUUCAUUCACGCACAGUGCCGUCAUUCACAGCAGGUACUGUACGCUAACUGUGUUGUUCUAUAUUGUAAAAUCUAGGUUUGUCUAUGGAGAUAAUUCAUCCGGUCUCUCUGUCUUUUCUGAUUCCAAAACAGCUUGCAAGUCGCCUUGACAACCAGAGUAAAAUGUGUAAAAACUACAGCAGGAAAGGGAAAAAAACAGGACACUUAACUAAAUCAAUGCUUUUCAAGUCUGAGAAAUCUGAAGGUUAAAUCGGAAGGGAUUAGGAUUUAAGUCCUUUUUUAUGAAAUAUUUAAGACAGCUGGAGAGGUAACAAAAGGUUUGAUUAAGAGAUUUAUUCUUAACCAGCUGGAUGGUAAAACAGAGCUUUAUUUUUCUACUUUAAAAAAAAGAUUGAAAAAGGAAUCAGCAAUAAUAAUAACAACAUAAAUGUACAUGUAAACAGCAUUUAUUCAGAUUGUGAAAAGCUGAUUUUCUUUUUCCAUUUGGAGGAACCCUGAAACCUCUGAUCUUUUCCUGAAUAGUUUAAAGUGUAUAUAUUUCAAUAAAAUGAAUUAGAGCAAAACAUGGUUCUUUACCUGGUCUAGGAAGGGCUUUUUCAUCAGGAAGAAUCAUGAAUAUGUGAUCAUGCAUGAUCAAAAAAUCAAAAGCAUAUUUUCUGUUCUGAGCCUUUUUUGUUCAUCUUAUUUAAAUUGUCAUCAUUAAUCCAUUGCAAAAGAAUGAUCUUUACACUGCUUUGUAUUUAAUGUAUCUUUAUAUAUGAGAUUAAAAUGUCAUUUAUUUUUCUGAUACAAAUAAGGAGUAGGUACAGAGCUGUAAAUAGCAAUGUUAGUGUAGCAACACAAUAUUAAACCAGGUAAACUCA